UGAAAGCGGCAGACAGGAGAAGGGGCCGAUCACAGCUCGACACGGAUGGACCCGGUGCUGACGGAGUGAAGUAUGGGCUCCGCGGCAUCGCAGUCAUGGCCAGAUCCACCAACAGAAGCACGGAGGACGGGGACCCCUGUGUAAGCACCUCCACGGACCGCGGGGAGGUGCGGGACCUCGCCGAGCCCCGGGAGCUGUCUCUGGAGGAGGUGCUGAAGUCCUACGAGCAGCCCAUAAACGAGGAGCAGGCAUGGGCGGUGUGCUACCAGUGCUGCAGCGGGCUGCGAGUGCCCCGCCCGCCGCCCGGGAGGGUCCGCCGGGUAAAGGACGCGUCCUCCAUCCUCCUGCACCGGGACGGAACCGUGUCCUUAAAGAGUGAGCCCCGACACGACGAUGAAGAUGGGCCUCCUCCUCCUGUGAUUGCAGAGCGUCAGAUGGUUCAGUCUCUUGGUGUGGCCAUCUACCGGGCUCUGGACUGGGGACUUGAUGACAGUGAGGAGCGGGAGCUCAGCCCGCAGCUGGAGCGCCUCAUCGAUCGAAUGGCGAGCGGAGACCCAGGCGAAGUGGGCAACAGCAACACUGGGAAUGGCACGACUGAUGAGGGGUACAGUGGGCAGGAGGAGGAGGAGGAGGAAGAGGAGCAGCAGGAGGGAGGCACAAGGCCAGUUUGUACGCUCCGUCAGGUGAUGGUGCUUUGUGCGUCCCGUCUGGCCAACCCAAGCCUGGCUGCUGAGCACUACCAGGCCGUCUGCCGGGCUCUGUUUGUGGAGACUCUGGAGCUGCAGACUUUCCUCAUCAAGAUCAGAGAUGCAAAGGAGAUGCUGAAGAAGAUUUCAAGUGAGGAGUCUCUGGAGGACAGAUCUACAGCUGAGCUGGACGCGCUGAAGCACAGAGACUGGGCUCAUCUGUGGGUGCAACUGAUGAAGGAGCUCAGACAGGGAGUGAAGCUGAAGAAGGUCCAGGAGCAGCCGUUCAACCCCCUGCCCACCGAGUUCAGCCUCACUCCGUUCGAGAUGCUGAUGCAGGACAUUCGAGCUCGCAAAUUCCAGCUACGCAAAGUCAUGGUGGAUGGUGACAUUCCCACCAGAGUGAAGAGAAAUGCCCAUGAACUGAUACUGGACUUCAUUAGAUCUAGACCUCCACUUAAACCAGUUUCAGAGCGCAGCCUUCCCCCUCCACCACCACAGCAGCAGUCCCUCCAUGACCGGGUCCUGGCAGAGAUCAAGCAGGAGAGAAAGCUCAGACCGGUGGCAGCACACAGCACCAGACCCUUCGGCUCUCUGCCCUGUCUGGCUCAGAUGUGUCCUUGUAAUGUCAAAUCUACGUCGUGCAUCGACUUGUCUGUGUCAGAGCCUAGGCCCCGGCAGCCGGCCCGUCCUCGCAUCCUGCUCAAGGCUCCGACGCUGGCUGAGAUGGAGGAGAUGAACAUUUCUGAGGAAGAAGAGUCUCCAGACCACGAAGAGCUGAGGAGAAGAGAGAGCUCCCCCACACCUCUGAAGAGAGAUCGGUCCUUCUCGGAGCAGGACCUUGCCUUACUUCGAGGGGAUAUGCCUCCUUCUCUGUCGCAGUCAGCCCAGCUGGGUGAGACGAUCAGACUGCGGGAUGUGAGACCCAGGUCCAGGACGCUGACCGGUGCUGGACCUCCCCCUCAUUACAGAGCCUCCUUCCCAGCUCAAGGCUGGGUGCCACCAUCUCCUGCCCGCCUGUCUCUGAGUUCAGUGGACGAGGCCACAGAGGGACCUGAAUCAAUGUCAAACUCUAAAACAGGAGACCAGUGGAUGGAGGCGUUCAGCCAUCCUGUGGAGAGUCUCGCCUUAACGGUCGAUGAGGUCAUCAACGUGCGUCGAGUGCUGGUCAAAGCAGAGAUGGAGAAGUUUCUCCAGAGCAAAGAGCUCUACAACAACCUGAAGAAAGGAAAGGUUUGCUGCUGCUGCAGAGUCAAGUUUCCUCUCCUCUCCUGGCCGUCUACAUGCCUGCUGUGUAAAAGGUCAGUCUGCAGCUCCUGCAGUGCAAAGAUGAAGAUUCCCUCCAAAAAGAUGGCCCAUAUUCCUGUGUACACUGUGGGAUUUCACAGCACGCCAAAAAGUCACGGACACAAAAGUCAAGUCUACAAAUCCGUGCGAACGUUGUCCCGCCGCUCGGUGGAGGAGGAGUUCCCCCACCUGUACGCUAACGGCUGCACGCUGCGCGACGUCUGCGCCGAGUGCGCCAAGUUCGUCGUCGACGUCGUUUCCUCCAGCCGCCGGAGCCUGGACAUCCUGAACAACACUCCGAAGAGGGAGGCCGCUCCGAGGCCACAGCUGCAGCGUCAGUCCAACGUCGAGGCGCUCCCUCACACGUCCGCACAGCGUCACCCUCAGUCUCAACACAAACAGCUCCACGCAUCAUCGCCGCAGCUCCGCCGCACGGAGACGAUCAGCAGCGUGAGCCACCGAGUGGCUUAGACAAACACUUUGUCCUGCACUGACCACAGUGCACACACCUAGACGAGUUUCAGACAGCCCAAUGACAUCUAUAAUCCAGUAAGGGGCUUUAAAGUUAAUUUUGCUGGGUUGAAGCAUUAAAUGUAUCAUUUAGUACAUCUUGUUUAGAUCUAAACAGUUUCUGAAGCCGUGUAGAACCUUUUUAUAGAAAGUAUCUUCACGUCUGCUUUGCAAAGCUGCAUUCCACGUCUCACUCACAUGCGCAGAUCUGUUCACUUUUAAAGCUUUCAGCAUCUGCUUUCUCUGCUACACCAUGGCCCCCCCGACACUCACAGCUAUACUGGGGGUGGGGUCGAAUGGAGGGAAAGGCAGAUCAUGAGAGCGCAGGAAGCGAAGGGGACGAUGUGAGACAGAAAGCGGAGAACUUGGACAUUUUGUUUAGCGUUAGAGCGUUUUGGGCAUGAAUGUAAGUUACAGAAGCUUGUACACAGAAAAACAACUGUGAUUUUUAUUCAUCCAAAUAAAAGGAUUAGAAACAAAUCGCUGCUGCUGCUGCUGCAUAGCGAGGCCUCCUCUCGAAGCUUAGAACGUCCCUGGCCCUGCUGGGGGAGGUCUGAUGGCGGAGACACUGUGAAUGUAACGGGUGAAGCUGCACCUUUAACCCACAAAGCAUGAUGACGGCAGUGAGAGGCGAGCAGAUGAAACUCCCACCUCCUUCACUCCCCGUGGACGCUUGCAAUCUGUUCUGGUUUUAUAAACACCAAGUUAACCUCAGCUGCAAUAAAAUCUAACAACAA